ACGCAAACCCGAGCUGGCCGGUGGAAGCGCAAACUGACAGGUCCCGUGCGGGGUAUCGGAUCGGAUGGUGGAUGGCAAGCAAGUAUCCUCUCUGAGAUUUACUUCACGAAGUUUCAUUUUACGAGGAAUAUAAACACUCUGUCGUCGAUCAGCCUUAUGAGCGAAAUUUCCAUCGAAAUCCGGUCUGGAAUAUUCACACGUCAGUCGGUGCGAUGUGUCACGUUUAGCGAACAUUAAUUUGAGUAAAUUACAGUUCGCUGACGCCACAUUUCGUCCAACAUAGCGACAGUAACUGUAAACAAUACACAAUGAGACAGGCGCUUUUGAGACAAGUCCGCCGGUUCCCGUGGAUCACCAACGUGACACUGUACGGCUGCCUGUUCGCCGGGGGGGACUUCGUCCACCAGCGCUUCUCGCGGACGACGCAGGAACUGGACUGGCGACACACGCGGAACGUGGCCGUGGUCGCGUUCACUUUCCACGGUAACUUCAAUUUCUUCUGGAUGCGGUUCCUGGAGCGCAGGUUUCCCGGGAAUUCCGUCAGGAUGGUGAUGAGGAAGCUGCUCCUGGACCAGACCACAGCGGCACCUCUGGCCACCAGCGUCUUCUACACAGGUGUCAGCUUCUUGGAGGGCAAAGAGGACAUCUUUGAAGACUGGAGAGAAAAAUUCCUAAAUACGUAUAAGACAGGGCUUAUGUUCUGGCCAUUUAUGCAGUUUGUGAACUUCGCCUUGGUGCCUCUGUACAUGCGGACCGCCUUCACCGGCUGCUGUGCCUUCGUGUGGGCCACCUUCCUUUGCUUCUCACGCCAGAGCGGUGACGGCACGGCCGGUGCUGCUCUGGCGUGGUUGUUUCCUCACAAAGAGGAUGGAGCAGAAGUCAAUGACAAGACAGAUGCUUCCAAAGAGGGAACAGUAGCAUCUUCACCUACUCAGAACUGAAGUGAGUGGAAUCAGUGGUUGCGAUGGAGGGGGACUAAACAUAGUUGAAGCAGGUUCAGUGGAUGGCUCUCUGUGGUUAAUGUUGCACUAACUCUGCCAGGGUUUGAGUUAAAAGUCUCACUGGGGUUAAACUAAAAAUGUGACCCACGUGACGCUCUACGGUGCUUUGGAAAACUAAGGGAGGCAAAUGGGAUGUAUAUUCCGUAUCGUAUUCAAUACGCAUACGACACAUCACCUCCGUGGGAAAUAUUCAGUCCUACUUUUCCAUCCCGCUGUGAAACAUCACUUUAUCUUCAGGUUUGGUUUUUAGAAACGCAGUCUUGUGUCUUCACAAGAGAGUUCCCCUUUUCCACAUUCUCCUGCUUUACAUCUAAAAACAGGAAUAAGAAGUGAAAUGUGGCACAGCAGCUAAUCUGAUUUAUUAAUUUAGAUUUUUAAUUUCAUGAAAUUUAUCGAAUUUCUAAACAUUUAAAUAUCAGU